CCUCAACAGGUCCUAGAUAAGGAGUACUGGAAAUAUACAACAAAAGGAUGGAUUUUUAAUACUUCUGUUUAUUUGUUUAUGUUUUUACUAGUUAGGAAGGUUUCAGUUGAAUCAAUUUUUGUGUUUCUCAAGUAAACAUUACUUGAGAUAAAAGCACCCUUCACACAAAAAGAAUGAGGCUUCCUCAACCAUUGACCUAAUACGCUCUACUGCAGAAGAACGUUCUGUCAAUCAGGGAGAUGGACAUACAUAACAUUCCGAAGAUAGUAUUGAUUGUGGCAUUAUACCUAGUGGUGUACCCAAGUGGAGCAAGAAGCCAAUGGGUGACUAACCAACCUAGUCCUCUCUGUCCCUCUCAAUUUGCACUAGUGAACCAUGCAUGCUCGUUGCUUCCAUUAAAUCCGGUGUCUCCACCAUCUCCACCAUCCCCUUUUCUGCUAGUUGCCCCACCACCUCCUCCCGGCCCUCCAGAAAGAAGACACAGACGCAGGCAUGAUCAUCACCACGAGUAUAAGGAAAGUUCUGCAGAAGAGAACUGCUGCAGGUGGAUGAAACAAGUCGACAGCGAAUGUGUUUGUGAUCUGCUGGUUCGUUUACCUCUGUUCCUGUCUAGGCCUCUCCACCAGUACACAAUCAUGGUUGAUCCAGGUUGCAAUAUUACGUUUGAGUGCGGUUCGAGGGGGGUUGAUAAUCAUAUGCUACCCCCUCACCCAUGAUCCACCAUCUCAACAUACCUUGACUUGUGGUGUUUUACGUUUAUUAACUACAU